AUGACAGACAAGGAUUCUCAAUGUGGAAUACUGUCAGCGGGUAUUAGGCUAGAGAUUGAAGGACAAGAGAAUGAUGUUGUAAUUGCCAUAAUCGAGGAGAAAAUUAAGUAUUCAAAGGCUAAACUUAGCAGUAUUCUUUUAAAUUCAGAAUCUCGUACCAGUGAGAAGGUCGAUAGCAGUGAAGAUUUGAUAGAUAAGAUUGCUAGAUUAAAGCAGAUUUUAGAACUAUUGAAAAGAGAGAAGGAAGAAGAUGUAUUGGCAGAUGUAGACUACUAUGAAGAGCAUUGGGAUAGAGGAAUUUCAGUUAAAGGUAAUGAUAUUUCAGAAACCAAGAAGUUGGAAUCCUUAUCAUUAGAGGAUAAAGAAUCAGAAAAUAUGGGGGAAAAUGACAGCGAAGAAAAGAAUUACACUAAUAAGAUUUCUAUAUAUAAAGGAAAAUUUCAAUUGAAACCUGGUUAUUUACAAUGUUGCAUUAAUUGUGAAACGUCGAAGGAUAAUUAUAUAAAUUUCACCCUUAAAGAUUCAUAUUCCAAGAUAAAUUAUAUGCUAGAAUACAUUGAAGAUUUUUAUAUAUGGUCAGACGCAGUGAAAAAAUUCCUUAUUCAUUGGAAUUUCUAUGACAUAACUAAGAUCAAUGACCAGAAAAUUUCAGAUAGUGAAAAUUCUAUAUUGAGAAAGCUUAUUUUUGAAAGUUUAGGGAAGCACCUUCAAGAUUAUAUUUUUAGAGAGGCGUCAGUAAUCAAUAUUUAUAAAAAACUAAAGAACUAUUUUCUUGAUAUUUUUUCUGAAGGUGCUCUUAAUAAAAUAUGGUCCAAUAUUACAGUUUAUUGGCAUUGUUAUGAAUUUGAAAAAAUUAGAUAUGUUCUGACCAAGAUGUCAUUAAUUGAAAUAUAUAUUCGUAAACUGGAUAACAAAGAUGCCGUUUCCAACUUAUAUAUUAAUGAAAAGAUUAGAGGUACAUUAGACCCAUUAUUAUCUAAGGAGUUUAAUGAGAUCUUGAAUAAAGAUGAAAAUUCUUUCAAUAUUAUCAUGAAUCUAGAACCUGAGGAAUUUGUCGAUAAAAUUAUUUCUACUAUAAAAAAAUAUGGUACACAACCUGCAGCUCUUUAUUAUGUAAAAAGUAUCUGGUAUUCUCCUUUUCAUUAUGGUAAAAGAGAUCUCAACGGUCUGUAUAACUCCCAAUAUCAUUGUACACAUUAG